AUGUCUCAGUUGUGGUGGUUUGGUUUGGUUUUUGUUGUUUUCCAUUGUAGGAAUGCUAUUGAUUCCUCUUUAUUCAAGCAAUGGUUGCAUAACUUGCAAAGUGAGAUUGGGAUUCUAGCUGAUGGCACCUUGGCUCUGAGACAAGUUCUAAUUCAGGUUCCAGGUAUUGUAUUUGCAAGAGGACCUGCUGUGACUAUGUUGAUACUUCUGGAAUCAGAUGGUGAAACUUAUGCUGUCCUUACUGAACAGGCAAGGGUUCCAACUGGAAGAAUUAUCUUGGAAUUGCCUGCUGGAAUGACAGCACUUGAGGAAUUAGCAAAGGCUAGUAUUGGAAUGGAUAACUUGAACGCUUAA